AUGUGUCCGGUUCUUACCCCCACUUCACAGGGAAGCUCCACCAAACGUAAAAUGAACCGUCCGAACCAUGAACGUCAACAAAAUCCGGCCCUAAAAGAAGAUGGUGAAGAACCUAGCGGCGACAUUGGGAGAUCUUUGGCAGCAUCAAGUGCGAAGUUUGAGGUCAGGCACAACUCUUCGUCUAAGAACAAGCGAAUAAAUCCAUUUUCUCAUUUGAGAUAUUCGACUCUCCCUGUUAUAGUUACGCCGUUCUUAGACCCUGCUAGCAAUCUAAUUCAGAAGAAAGACUCCUUGGUCCGAUCCAGCGCCGUUGUUUUCGAGAUGGACGCGGACAUUUGGUUCCGGGAAUGGGCGUCAAAAAAGGGCCAGAAGCUAUCGAAUAUACAAAUAGAACGGCUUGUCACUCUUACAAAACAAUGGAAAAACACUGUUACAUCUGAUACUUUGGGCGUUUGGACCUCAGACCCUUCGGCUGAAUUCUGGGGAUUUGAACCUUACCGUACAGAGGGCGCGUGGGUACGGGAAUGUCUGGAGAUCAAAGUCCCAACAUUCAUGGACGGUGACAAAACCACUGAGGACUGUGAGAAAGUCUCUGCACGCCGCAGGGUCCUUCUUAUUAUUCUUCAUGACAUCAUUCAAAGGGAAAUACUGCGAUUGCGAGCAUCUUCCCAGGCCCAGUCAGUCAAGUUUCUUACCGCAGCUGUCAGAAAUAUUGUGGCACAAGCUUAUCCUGGAAAGGAUAUCCAGAAGUUAUGUAAUAAAUGUAUCCAUCUUCAAAGGUUUGAAAGGGCUAAGAUAGAAAAUAUUGAGAUGGAGGCGCUUGUUGCGUUCGGGGAAGCGACCUAUGAUAAAAAGCAUCAAAAUGAUAUGCAGGAGGCAUUUUUAUGCAUUCUAAAUACCUGUCCAUUUAGACAAUCUGGAAAUUCGAAGCCGCGGCUUCCCUCAAAAUCGACACGAAAGCGCCUCCGGAAAAAGGCCGCAAGAAUGAAGCAUAUACAGAAACCUUCAGCGUCUCCGACUACCUCUCGCCACAAUGAAAACCAAGUCAUCCAGAAUUUCCCCACACCGCGACAUGACACUUUCAGCUCCCUAGAAAAACCGCCGGGCUCGAGUAGAAACUCUACUGCGCACCUUAGCGAAGCUCAGAAUGCAGCUUUGGUUAGAACGCAACCAUCACAGCUACAAGAGGAAAACCAGACUCGAGAAACAUGCGAAAACUCUCCCAUGCCUUGUGUCCCCGUACAGCUUUAUUCUCCUGGUGAUAAUCUUUCACUUGGUGAGAAUAUGCUGUUCAUCUCUCGGAGUGCGACGAAUCCCUUUGAUCCUCACCAGGGUAUCCAUCCGCUUAGUGAUAACAUACUGUUCCACUCUCAAAAUACAGUAAAUUUCUUUGACCCUCAUCAGGGCAUCCAUCCGCUUGGUGACGAUAUACAGUUCAGCUCUGAAAAUGCGGCAAACUUCUUUGAUCCUCAUCAGGGUAUCCAUCCGCUUGGUGAUAAUAUGCUGUUCAGCUCUGGAAAUAUGGCAAAUCCCUUUGAUCCUUAUCAGGGUAUCCAUCCACUUAGUGAUGAUAUUCUGCCCAGCUCUCAAAACACGGCAAAUUCCUUUGAUCCUCAGCAGGGUGUCCAUCCGCUUCGUGAUAAUAUGCUGCUCAGCUCUCAAAACACGGCAAAUCCCUUUGAUCCUUAUCAGGGUAUCCACCCACUUAGUGGUGAUAUUCUGCCCAGCUCUCAAAACACGGCAAAUCUCUUUGAUCCUCAGCAGGGUUGCCAUCCGCUUGAGGGAAUUAUUCAGUCCAAUACUGAGAGCCUAGUGUAUCCCUUUGAUCCCACCACAUAG